GUCGGAGGGCUGCCUGCUGGGCAUGGGGCUCACCCUGCUGCUCGCCUGGUGGUGGGUGGGCAGGUCAGGGGCGUCCAGGGCGGGGAGUUGUCCUCACUGCCCUGAAGUGGGGCACUGGCUGUCUGGGCUGUGAGCCGGGACCCCUGUGGCCUUACAUCUGGGCUCCUGGCCAGCACAUGAGCUGACAGCCAGCGGGGCUCAGUGGAGACGCUGCCCCGGAGGAGGUAGGGUGGCAGGUGAGGCAUGGCCACAAUCUGAGCUGAGGACGGCGGCCUGGGGACAACAGCAGGGGCGUGCUGGCUUCCUGCCCACAGGCCGGGGCUGUACCCCACCCAGCAGGGCCAGUGCUGAUCUUGCUGAGGCCCAGAGCCAGGGCUGCAUGGACAGAAGAGUUUGCAGAGUUAAGGCCCAGGCAGUAGGCUGAGGGACGGCACUCAGGUCCUGUGCUGGUGGUCGGUCAGGGCCCCUUCUGGGCAGCCAAGAUCCACCUUCUGGCCAAGGCUAUGGACUUGCCAGGGAAGCAUGAAGAUUUUGGCUGCUCCCUGUGGAUCCAGAGCAGUCCAUGUCCCCUGUUCCUCUUGCCACGUGUCCAGAGGAGGUGGACAGCAGAAAGGAAGUGACUCAGCCAACAGGGGACCUUCAUAGGCCAGUCAGAGGGUCAGCUGGCCAGAACCAGCACUCCUACCCAGAGUGACCCUGUCUGGAGGGCCUCGGUGUCUUGUGCUCAGCCUCCUGGCCUCCAGGUUGUUUCAGGAGGAUGUGACCUGCAGCCUCCUCAGACCCCUUGGGUGAGUGACCCCUGCAUCAUGCUGCUUCUCCACGAGCUGAGCUGCAGGUAGAUUUCCUCAUCCCUCUCCCGUGGUGGGCUCACAGUAGGAUCCCUCCCCCCAUAGUCCCGUCUUCUGAGCCUCAAGAGACCCUUGCAAGACGUGGAGGAUUCUGUGUCCUCAUUGCCUGUGCACGAACCACACAUGCACACGGGGGAGCAGGCCAGCUGUCCUCCCCUCCAGGGCACAGGAGGACCUGCCCACUAGCUGCACAGGGGAAAUUCGGGCAGGAGGGCUGUCAGAGCCCCCAGGCAAGGCAGGCUUUGCAGAGGUGUCUUUUCUCUUUCUCUCCGUCUCAGUGAUGAUCUGCAAGAGCGAAAACGGCUUUCUAAAGGAGAGGCUUAUCUGGAGUCAGGGCUGAGGAAAGCAGGGGAGUUCCCAAAGGUGAGGGUCCAACACCCAGGCAGCUCCUGCUCGUGGUCCAGUGCGGCCUGGGGGCCACAGGGCCCAGGGCUGGGGAGCAGCGCUGAGGACCCAGGCCCCAGUGCAGCUUGGCAGGGGUCUGCGCCCAGCCAGGUGUUCAGAGGAGGGCAGGCAAAGACUCCCACCCUCAGGACAGAGCACCAUGGCCAGAGAAGGGGCGCUGUCCUUCCGGGACAGGGCCCAUGGUGGCCCCACUCCUGGGACCUGGGCAGGGGCACUAGCCUUGUCUGCACUGCCGCAGAUGCUCCUCUGGAGUUUUGCUUUGGUCUGAGCGCCAACUGCACGGGUUCUGGCCUGAGCAGGUGUCCUGUGGACAUGGCUGGAACAUGCGUCACUUUCUCUGGCUCUGAUUAAGGACAGCUGCACUGGCCGUACUGCGGGGCUGGGGACGGGAUGCAGCCACGUGUGUCGGGGCCAUAGCUGGUGAAUUAAGAGCAUGCAGACUGUGACCUGCUGACGCAGGAGGCACAAGCCACCCCAGGGGGCUGGCAGGUGGCUCCCUCCGCACCUGAGUUCUCACUCUGGGGAAGUGACAACCCCGUGUCUUUCUGAGAAGGUGCAGGUUCUAUACCGCACCCAAAGGAAGUAGAGGCACAAGGUUUAUUGCUUACAGAUCCCAGACUGGGGUGGGGAGGAUGAGGCCAGGGAAGGGCAGUUCUCAGUCCAGGUCGCCAGCGAGCAGUAGGUGGACAGCAAGGGUAGGAAGCGCCCGUCACUCAUGAGGUGGCUGGGGCUGAGGCCAAGUUAGUACUUUGUGGCUGGACUCUGAGGGGUUAAAGACGUCCUGGAAAAGCAAAGCAGGAACUUGGGCUGAGAACCCUAGGCUCCUUCCUGAUCCGUGUCCAGACUCUGGUGUGAGCAGGGUGGUCACAAUGUGAAAUGCCUGGGCAUCAGUGGCUGUUUUCCAUUCACAUAAGGGACCCCAAAUGCAUCAGGAAUGGGGGUGAGUGCUCCACAGUUACAGGGCUGAUCUGGGUAGUGAGGGUGCACACACGUCUGCACAGCAGGUGAGUGUGCAUGCUGUGUCCACGGGUGUGUGGUGUGUGCACGUACGUGUGCACGCACAUGGGCGUGUGAGUGACCGUGUGCGGUGCGUGAAGGGCCGCGCAGCACAAGGGGGCAGGCCGAAAGCCGCAUCUGUUGCAGUGGCUUCUGAGCAGUGACCCCUUUCCCCUAGAGGUCCAGCAUCUGGACAGGUAGGGCGAAGCCUUUAGUGGCCCAGCCCCACCUGCCUCCCUGCGGUUGCUGGUUCUGGGCUGGUGUCCGCGGGGUCGAGGCGCCCCUCGGGCCGGCCCCUCCCUCGGACUGUCGUCAGGGCAGCGCUGUGACCGGCCAGUGGGCGGCAGGGCGCUGAGCUCCAGGUCCAGCUGCGGGUUCCGAGAAGGUGGGGGAGCGCCGCGGGUCUGAGAGCGUCUCCCCUUAACCCUCCUCCCUCCAGCCCUGACCCCGCAUCCCGCGUCCUGCACGUCCCGCCCCCUCGCUUCCCAGCCGCUUGCCGACCUCCCCUUCCCGACCCCAGCAUCUGGCCAGGAGGGGGCGCUGGUGACACGGGUGUUUGCGAUUCCACGUUUCGGGGCACCUGGCUUCCCAGCUGAGGAAUAAUCAAGUGACAGCCCGGGGCGAGAACUGGGUCCCCACAGGCUACCCUGAAGGUUGUGGUCCUGUUUCCGGGGGGCUUUUCUGGCACAGUGAUAGGAAUUCUUCCCUAGGAAUCAAUCUGUUUGUUGGACGAAAAUGCUAAAAAUCAGGCCAUUCAUAAUUUCAUUUGUGAAAACUUGACACUUACUGUCCUUUCUCAGGCAUCUGGAGUCUAGAAUAAAGAUACGCCCCACCCCCAUGUGACCAGAACCUAGAAUAAGGACUCCAGGUGAAGCAGCCAGGAACCUGCGUCCCCGCAGUGCUCUGAGCUGGCUCGCUCAGGGCAGAGUUUAACGCCCCGGAGGCGGCUCAUGCCCAUGGUCCGCUGGCUCCCACAGGAGGCUAGGCCCAGCUGGGGUCCUGGGACUAUAGGGCAAGGCGAGUACAGCCCAGAGAGAGCCGAGCAGGGUGGCCCUCUUUUCCUGAGCCCCCAGGGAGGGUUUCCAGUGGGAGGUCCCUCUUACUGGUCUGUGUCCCUACAGCGCUCAUGGUCUGGGGCCGCAGCCAGAACCUGUCCACGCAGGGGCAGUUCGUCCUGCUGGGCUUCCCGGGGCCACGGAGCCUACAGGUUGGGCUCUUCCUGCUGUUCCUGGUCAUGUACGCGCUCACGGUGGCUGGGAACUUGGCCAUCAUCACGCUGGUUGGGGUGCACCAGCACCUGCAGACGCCCAUGUACUUCUUCCUCAACCUCUCCUUCCUGGAGAUCUGGUUCACCACGGCCUGUGUGCCCAAGACCCUGACCACCUUCGCCUCGCGGAGCGGAGCCAUCUCCUUCGCCGGUUGUGUGGCACAGAUGUACUUCGUCUUCUCGCUGGGCUGCACCGAGUACUUCCUGCUGGUGGCCAUGGCCUACGACCGCUACCUGGCCAUCUGUCUGCCGCUGCGCUACGGCAACAUCAUGACGCCCUGCCUCUCUGCCCGCCUUGCCCUGGGCUCCUGGCUGUGCGGCUUCUCUGCCAUCACAGUGCCAGCCGCCCUCAUCACCCGCCUCUCCUUCUGUGGCUCCCGCAUCAUCAACCACUUCUUCUGCGACAUCACGCCCUGGAUUGUGCUGUCCUGCAGCGACAGGCGGCCGGUGGAGCUGGCGUCCUUCGGCAUCGCCUUCUGCGUCAUCCUGGGCUCCUGCUUCAUCACACUGGUCUCCUAUGCCUACAUCAUCGUCACCAUCGUCGGGAUCUCCUCGGCCCAGGGUCGGGGCAGGGCCUUCUCCACCUGCUCCUCCCACCUCACGUGGUACGGCUCCACCAUCUUCCUGCACGUGAGGACCUCGGUGGAGAGCUCGCUGGACCUGACCAAGGCCAUCACCGUGCUCAACACCAUCAUCACCCCAGUGCUGAACCCCUUCAUCUACACCCUGAGGAAUAAGGAUGUCAAGGAGGCUCUGCGGAGGUGGGUGUGGGGGAAGUGGGCCCCUGGGGACCACUCUGCACAGCUGAAAAUGGCACCCUGAUGUCACCAAGUGCAGGAGGGACCAUUGGGCAGUCCAAGGAGGCAGCCCCUAUCCCAGCCUGGGAGUUUCUGUUCUUCUCACAGGCCUUGCCAAGUGGUGCUCCAGCCCCUGGGGUUUCAGACACAGAUCCUGGAAGAGAAAUGGGGACACACAGUCCCCCAGAAGCACCACAUGUACAUGCAGACACCCACCGCCCACAAGUACUGGGGGCGGGACCAGCCUGUGAGUUCCCGCCUUGGUCUGGGCCUUGGAGGGGCUGAUAGCUGUCGCUAGUGGAAAAACUGGCUGUCCUGCACCUCAGACUUCUUCCCAAUGCCGAUACCUGCAGCCUCCUGAGCUGUCCCUCCAGGUGGCCAGAGGAGGUUAUCCACAGAGGGGAGAACUCAGAGGAACAGGGUUAAACCUCUAGGAAAGCCCAGCAGCCUGUGGGCUGUUUGGGAUCAGUGUGUGGGUUUGGGAGCCUCAGAGCACACACACCAGGGCUCACACCCUCCUGGAGUCUGGGAUCUACUGGCCUCAGAGGGAGGGGGCUGGGUGCGUUUUCUGAGUGGCUAAGUCCCGGGAGGCCCUUGGGGGUCCAGAGCCUCUGUGAGGGGCCCAAACUGGCCCAGCAGCCCACCCUGACUUAUUCUUGGAGCAGGACGCAUGGAGUUGGAAACCAUCUCUGAAGCUGUGUGUGUGGGUUUAACCCUCUCCAGCAUGACUUGGGCAAGUCACGGAACCACUCUGACCCUCUGUAUCUUCAUCUGUCCAUGGGGACUGUGAAAGUGCAAUCUCAUGGAGCCCCUUGAACAAUAAAUGAGCUGAUGUGUCUCAAGUGCUGCUGUGGUUACUGCUGUUUUCAUACUUAGCAGAGGGAACAGCACAGGCCGUCCCUUGUCUCUCUCCUUUCACUUCACACACAGAUUAGGCAGAACUGAUGGGCCAGUGUCCUCCACCCAGUGUCCACCCCGAUC